UUGGUUUGACGGUUCGCUGGCUGGCUGGUUGGUCGCUUGGCUUAUUGGCUCACAGACUGGUUACGCGAAGCUAAGUGAAGUUGAUGCGAUUUAUUUGUUGUUUGUUGCCAAACGAAUGCGGUGAACAACUAACGUUGAGUGCUGUGCUGUGUUAAGCGCUGUGCCGAGCUGAGUUGAACUCUGUGAGCCGUAAAUGUAGCAAUGAAAACUGGUGAAUGUCGUGUGUCUUCAACAGCCACUGAUGGCACUACUAACCGAUUUAAAAGUUCACCGCUCAAGUGUCUGUGCGUUUGUGUGUAUGCGUGCUGGUCGCUGCUGGCGCCGCCGAGAUUUGAAAUUCUAUGACCGAUUGUGGAUGCAAAGCAUUUUGUGAAAAGUGGAGAUAUUUGGAAAAAAAAUAAGCAAACUUCAGUGAGAUGAAAAUAAUUUGAGAUUUUAAAUAUAUAAUAUUAAAUAAAUAAUAUCACCAAAUGGUAAAGAAAAUUAAAAAUAUUUUUUAAACCUAAAUCACAAAAUAAUACUAAAGGCACGAAUGGCUUCAAAUCACUUGUGCGCCCAAAAGUAUGCAAAUCUGCAUAUCGUGAUGCAACAUACAAAGUGAAAAUUGUGCGGUGCAGCAAAAAAAUUAUAUAUAAUAUAUAUUUAUAUGAUAAAUGCAGCAAUUUAGUAAAUGACAAAAAAAAUCCAAUAAAAUGGCUCGAAUGCUACAACAUGUGACAACGCCUAAAAACAUGCAACGAAAAAGAGAAUUUAAAAAAUCUGACCUUGCGUCAGUUGCUAUGCAAUCCAUCUAAUAAAAAUGCAUGUGUGUGUGUGAAAAAGUAAGUUUUCAAAAAGGUAACCAAUUAUGAUAAAUAAAAAUAAAAUAAAAAAAUAAAAAAUAUCUUUUAAACAAACAAUAAUGCUAAAUGACAGUAAUUUUUUUCAAAUGCUUAGUGCUUAGUAUUAGCUUAGUUCAUUGCGUGUUGGCGCGACACCUAGACAUUUUCGAUAUUCUGACACUGUUGCUUGAUUGCUAAAGAAAAUAAAACAGAGUAAAAUAUAUACCGUUAAAAAAUCUGUAUAAAAAAAAAUAUUCGCAAAUAAUAGUGCGCACUUAACUCAUUUAAUAAAUUGCGCAACUGCUGUGAUAACAAGUGGCUUAUUGAAUACAAAUAUUUACUUACAUUUAUAAUCGUCAAAGCAAUUUUGUUUAAGUACAUCGGAAGAAAUAUUUUCGGAAAGCAAAACAAGCUUUAUAAUAAAAUUGAAAUGUGCACAAUUGAUACAGAAAUUUUAUUGACUUCAACAACAAAAUAAGCUUACAUUAAUACGCCUAUUAAUAUGAUAGAAAGAAUAAUAAAAAUUUAUGUAACAGUUAUCAUGUGUUGAAAAAAAAUAAUAGCACCAAGAAAAAAUAUCAGUGAAAUAAGCACGCUGAACGUUAACUGCCAGUAAACAUUCCAUUAUACCCAAAAAUUAAUGUUUAAAAUAAGAAAGCUUCAUAACUAUAAAAAAGCAAAGUUUUUACAAGGAAACUAAACUCUAAGUGAUGCUAGUGUUUGUUAAAUUGACAAAAACGCAUUUUUUGAAACUCACCACACCGUGGUGAAAAAGAUUUUUUUGCACGCAAAACCAAGAAAUGAACUUGUGUUGUAUUUUCAACAUAACGUUUAAUUUUUAGACAUCGCUCAUAAGUAAAACGCUCAUUAAAAUAUGCCGAACUAUUUUUGUUGUACUUUAAAUAGUGAAUAUAGAAUAACAAUAAGCAAAUCUAAGACGUGUGAAAUAAGCUAUGACAAAUUUUUAGAAUGGUAAAAUCAUAGUAGAUAUCAAUGCAGAUGUGGUUGCUAAUUAGAAACUCCGGCUACAUUAUCUAUCACUAUGUGUAAGUGCACAAAUUAAAAUAAAUUAUUCUCGAGGGAAAUGGAUAGUUUCGACCAAAGUACAGCACCUGUAGCAUUUUAAAACUUCGCCUCAAGCGUGAAAAAAAAGUUUACCUAACAAGUUUGCAAACACCGGUACUGCUAUAAGAAAUACGCAUAAAGUAAAUUAUAACGCUUGAAAUUUUUUAAAACUCACCACGAUGCUUUGAGAUAUACAUAUAUUUAUAUACAAAUUUAACAAAAAUUAGACAGCAAAUAACGAAAGUCUACUUAAUUUUCCCGAAAAUUAUGUAUCAGAAAUAAAAAAAAAGAACUCAAGUGUACUAACCACCACUCUAUGGUGAAUUUAAAAUGAAUUUGUGAAUUCCGAUAUCAAACUUGAAUAAACGACAUAUAAACACAUUUUAAAUUAAUAUCUUAUAUAAUAAAUUUGAAACGGUUUCAAAGCCACUUUUGAAAGCAAUCAGAAACAAGACAUUACUCAAAAAGAUAAACCACUUAUACUAACCGAAACCCAAUACUGAAAAAUUGUUUAUAAAUCUGCACAAUUGCUAAAAAACACUUAUCAACAACUAUUAAUAAGCAAAAAUAUCAAAGCGCAACUUCUAACGCACAGCACUGCAGGAAGCAACAAACAAUUCACAACUCACCACACCUGUAUUCUAAGCUAAACUUUAAGGCAAUACCAUGGGAUCACAUGGUGCGGGCGCAUGCGACUGCUGUGGCGGAGGUGGCGGUGGCAGCUCAUCUACCGCUAGCAACAAUGGCAACAGCGAUGCACCGCAGCGACAACAACAACAAGCAGAGCAUAGCAACAACAACAGUCCACAGCGACAACGGCCUCACGGCCAACAACAACAACAUGAACAUCCACAAUUUCCGCCGCAUAUGUUCGGCGCGGCUGCCGCGCUACACUUGCGACGAGAGCGCGAGCCGCCACAAUUGCCGCCAUUGCCCAUUGUGCCGAUCAUGCCGCCGCGCCCACCAUUAGCCCAGCAGCAAUCGCAACAUCACUUGGGAGUGCCAGCUGUGGCGAUAAUUGCAGCGCGCGGCAGUCGACACCAGCAGACGCAAGAUGCGCAGAACAACAAUAACAUGGUACCUAGCGGCGGAGGCGGUGGCGCAGCGCAAACGCAACACGCCAGCAUCGCGCACUACAUCAAUCAGGUGAAUAUGCACAUGAAUCUCAGCAACAAUAACAACACCAAUACGGGUGGCACUGGCGUUGUUGUUGUUGGCGCCACCGGUGGUACUACGACUAAUACGCUGAGUGUGAGCGCCACCACCGCCAGCGGACAACCUAACUAUAAUAACAACAAUCAUAUUUAUGUGAAUCCACACUCGUACGAUAUGCAAGCGGCAAGCGGCGCGGCACCGCGCAUGCAACCGAACAAUAACAACGCCGCGAACGCAACCACCACUAGCACUAACAAUAAUAAUAUGAAUAGGAGCAGCAGCAACAAUAACACGCACUCGAAUACGAAUACCAGCAACACAAGCAUCUCGCAACACACCACCGCCACCGGUUCGACCGCAGUCGCCUUGCCACCGCAACCACCCACAGCGAACGCGCACACGAAUCACACCCAACCACCGCCGCCGCAGAUCACCACCACCGGCGUCGGACCGCCGGGUUUUGAUUGGCACUUCACGAACGGGAGCAGCAACGCCGGCGCCUUGGGCGGUUUCGAGCUGACGCGCCAAUUUACCUCCUCCACACUGAGCACACUCAAUACAUAUCUAUUUCCGUGCGGCGCCGACUCCGCCGGCACCAUUGGCGCUGUAACGCUCAACAGUGGCAGUGGCUCGUGCGAUUUAGACAGCAAUUUCAGUCAAAUGGUCGCCGGCAGCGAAGGCGGCGCCAGCUCUACAUUUAGUUCGGGUCUCGGCUUCAUCAACAAGCGGCGCAUACGUCGUCUUUUCGGUGUUGGCACACCGGAUCAUCGUUGUACUGGCGCGCAUGCCGCGGCUGUCCGGCGACGCAGCUCGCCGUUGGUGCAUUUUCAAACUGCCGCUUUGGCCAAGAAGAAACAACAACAAAUGGAACGCGAAGCAACUGUUGCCUCGGCAAAUGCAGCGCUAUUCGAGCAGAAGAAGAAGAAAAAGAAGGAGAAGAAGAAACCGCCAGGUCCACCGCCACAGGUGCGCGCGCAGGCCUCGCGUCAAAUGGAGGAUCCGAUGAUGAAUCGUCCGCGCCGUCAAAACACGCCGAGCAGCAAAAAGGACAGAGAGAAGGAACAGCUGGAAUUUCAAUUGAAAAUAUUGCAACAGCUGCAGCAACAACAAUUACAAAAACAACAGCAACAAGAUGACGAACUGGACAUGGAGUAUAUCUAUGAGAAGUACCCACACAAAAUAAAAUUUUUGAAUAAAUUUAGAUAACAAAAAAAUUGCGUUAAUUUUUCCAAAGCACUUUUAGCAAAGCGCUUACACCUUUUGAAAGCAAGCAUUUGCGCUGCAGCAAA